GUUACCGUAACAAUAUCAGCCGAUUAAAGGUUCCUAGUAGCGUAACUUAGGUUGCUGAUUCUGUUAUUCUUUCCUAUCUUCCUCUAAGCUCAGUGUUGUGCUUCAGAUAGAUGUCGAUUUUAAUAUCUCUGAAGAUGGCUCCAGAAUACAAAAUCCUGUCUACAGGUGAAUCAGAUGACGAGUCUGGUAAUCUGAAAUCUACCUCCCUAGAGCAAAAGAAUCUCCCUCUGAAAUGGAAACUUCUCAUCUGCGGUCUGCUCUUAUCGAAUUUGCUCAUGCUGGCCGCCUUUUAUACGAAUAGAGGCUUUUCAGAAAAGGAAGAGUCGCACCCUGAAGCAGUGCCCACGAAUUAUGCAAAAGUCGAUACAUUAGACACCAUUUGGAGGCCCUUCUGGUGGAACACGGAAUACAGCAGUACGAAUGCCUCCGAGGCAGAUGAGCUCUGGGACGCCAUUCUUCCUUCUCACGGCUUCGUCGCCAUGGAUCGCACCUGGGCAAAGGAGAACCAGUGGCCCGAAAGCAUGUACCUUCCAUCGGAUAAGAGCAAGGGAGUAUACUUGCUGGAGGCGUAUCAUUACCUCCAUUGCCUUCGGAUCGUCCGCAGAACUUUCUGGGAAGCGGUCGAACAGAGACCUUUUACGCACAAACCGGGCGCUCAUAUGAACCACUGCUUUGAUGCGCUGCGUCAGUAUGUUCAAUGCAACGCCGAUAAUACCCCGCUGUACACAUUCGGGGACUUUACUGCCGGCGACGGUCAAGUCCAUAAGUGCAAGGACUGGGAUCAGCUGCGCAGCUUUGCGACGCAGAAUACAGCAUGUUACCGGGAUAGCGUGGAAGCAAUUCCACUGGGCGAGCAUUUCGGAUUCUGCGACGAUGGAAAUGACGGCGUUAUCGAUUUACCUUAAAAUGGCUAUUUACUUUGAAAGAUAUUCUCUUAGUUGACGAUAAUGACAUAA